AUGGCUGCGCGAAAUCGGUUAUAUAUUCCUAACCUUGAAGAAUUCUUUAACGAUUUUUUUCAGCUAAUCCAGCAAUGUAGUAACUGUAUACAGGAAAAUAGUAACGGUAGAUUGGCAGAAUUUCUUGGUAGGCGCCUAGAGGAAUAUCAACGUUCGCUGCGCGUGAUGUACGGCAGACUCCGGGAUUUUCGCAACAACACACCUGAUCUUCUGAAUGACUUCGAACAAAUACUGGACGUUGUUAGUCGUAUAUUAAAGGGAACUUGGAAUUACUUUAUAGCGAUGAUUUUGGCGACGAGUCCAGAGAAUAAUGCACUUUGUACGACGGUAAAUCAUGGCCUUGUUGGAUGA